CAUCUGCAGCCCCAAGACAUGUCCUGCUACACCCCGUGCCGGCCCUGCCAGCCCUGCGGCCCCACCCCGCUGGCCAACAGCUGCAACGAGCCCUGUGUCAGGCAGUGCCAGGACUCCACCGUCAUCAUCGAACCCUCGCCCGUGGUGGUGACCCUGCCCGGCCCCAUCCUCAGCUCCUUCCCACAGAACACCGCCGUGGGAUCCUCCACCUCAGCUGCUGUUGGCAGCAUCCUCAGCUCUCAGGGAGUGCCCAUCAGCUCUGGGGGCUUUGGCCUCUCGGGCUUGGGCAGUGGCCUCUGUGGCACGAGGUGCCUCCCCUGCUGA